AUGGUAGAAUUUGUUCGUGUCUUUGUAGUACUGUGGACACAAUUAAGAAUUAUUUUUCUUAUUGCCUGGGCAGCAACCAACCAUUUUAGCACCUGGCUUGCUUCUAGCCUCAGCAUAUUUUAUUUGCUCAAGAUAGCCUUUCUCCAACCUAUUUUUAUUCACCUAAGGAGGAGAGAGAAGAGUGUCAUUUUAGUGUCAUGGUUGAGAAUUUUUAUGAUUUUGUUUUUCAUUUUACAUGAACCUCUGAGGAACAUGUAGGUCCAUGACAAAGGGUUAAGCACCAAGGUCUACAUGAACGCGUUGCAAGCUCUGGUCUCCAUUCUCUUGUUAUUUGCCAUGUCUUCUCCGUCUUUAAUUGUAUCUGUGGGCCUUCUAAUAGAAUGCUGA